CCUGGAAGGUGGGAAUGGAGUGAGAAUAGAAAUGAUCAUAUUUGGAUGAUUUACAGCGAGCAGAAAUAGAAUUUUCAAAAGAGAAGAAGAACUGAGAGCGUCUUCUCUGACUUCCAAGUCGUCAAUAAACAACUUUUCAAAGAUGAUCCUUAGCUUCUGGCAGGUAGAAAAUGACUGGAGUGUUAAGCUAACGUUGAACACUUCACGUUUCAUUAAACUUCAAAAACAAGUUGAUUUUGUCCAAAGGGGUUCUGGUCAGCCUUUCCCGUCUUAUACUUGGUUUCUUCCAUUAUAUAUGUUUUGCUUUUUAUCCUUUGUUUUGGUCCCCAUGCCUUCUCUCUAUCUAAGCUUCACUUUUAAUUCCAUUUUUUUAUACUUUCGAUAUUAUUCUGAUCAUAUGAUAGACCAGCUUAUGGAGAUUUAUACUUCUGUUUCUUCUUCUUCUUCUUUAGCUUUAUGGGUUUCUGCAAUUUCUUGCAGUUUGUUUUUGGCAAUCUCUGCAUUCGUAUUCGCAGUAGUUGGCACAACAGUAGGAGCCAUUUCUGGAGCUCUGGUUGGAGUAAAAUGCAGGAGUAGCUUUCUUCAUGGCGCCACAAUUGGAACUAUUAUUGGGUGUCUGCUUUCUGCUGAAAUCUUUAAAGCAUCAUUUGCUUUCUGGGAUUCUGAUGAUUAUGCUAUUGAGUGCUUCAUUUCUUUGAUUGAAAAAGCUUCAAAUCGCCUGAAACAAACACUUAUACAAAGAAGGUUUAGCCCUGCCAUCCAUGUUCUGCAAGAAAGUCAGGGAGAUGCUGCCCAUGUAGAGGUCCAAAGGAGACACGAAAUUCCAAAGAUUAAACUAACAGAGGAAAACAUUGUGGAUAUCUUAUGGAAUGGACCAUCCUGUUCAAUUUGUCUUCAGGAUUUCCAGUUGGGGGAAGCGGCUUGUAGCUUACCACGUUGCCACCAUACAUUUCACCUACCAUGUAUUGGCAAGUGGGUCAUGGGACAUAAUUCUUGCCCAUUGUGUAGAACAAGAUUACCCAAAACUUGGAUCGCUCUGAUAUGUAAAAUGAGAAAAGAAAUACGAAAUGCAAGUUAGAAUAGAAUUCCAUGCGUUAGAAUUGAUUCUUUAAAAUCUUUAAAUUGUACAUGUUCUUUUUUUGUUUAUAGAUUGGGGAUGGGGGUCUUGGUGGAAACCAAAUAUGCAAAGGAUUCUAAAUACCUUUGCGAACUCAACUAAGAGCCUGCAGGCGUACAUUUUCUUACUUAGAUCCUUUCCUAUAUGAUUGUAUCAUGUUUUGUCAGUCAAAUAACAUGUAAGAAAUGAAAUCAAGGCCAUUAAAGCCUCUUUAUAUUUUUAUGGGUUGGCCCUUGAGUGGCCUUAUUUUUUUCUCAUCCA